UCAUUUAUAUAUUCUCGUAGCUAUAAGUCUAUAACUCAUUUCCAAUCUCCUCUCGACUUUCUAUAUAUUAAUUGUAAUUUCUCAGGCCACUAUUCAAGAAUUCGUAUUCCUGAACCGAGUCAAAGGAGGCACGAAGUGUUAACAAAGAGUCUUUAUAUCAGACUGUUCCAAGUCAAGUGAGUGGUUGAAUUGGUGUUAGUGCUGAUGGACAUGUCUCUAAGAGCUAGAUCAACCACCUCUAAGCAAGCAUCCAUAUCAUCAGAUGCCUCCGAAAUCCCACUACUUCCUGUCAACAACAACAACAACGACAAUAAUAAUAAUAACAACAAUAAUGUUAUAUCAGAUUCUCCAGAACGGCAGCCUACACCGCGACCGUCAAUUUCUAAGCGUGCCUUAGAGACCACGGCUAAUUUAGCCAACCUACUCCCAACAGGGACACUCUUAGCAUUCCAACUUCUAAUCCCAAUUUUCACCAACAAUGGAUCGUGUGACACUGCAACACGUCCCAUGACAUUCAUCCUCCUUGCACUACUUGCUUUUUCGUGCUUUUUGGCUUGUUUUACUGAUAGCUUUAAAGCACCAGACGGGCAAAUUUACUAUGGCUUAGCUACGUUUCAAGGAUUGUGGAUUUUCGAUUACCAGGCAGCGAAGAUAUCUGGAAUGCCUAAUGAGUUGAACAGGUAUAGAGUUGGGUUUAUUGAUUUUAUUCAUGCUGUGCUCUCAGUUCUUGUUUUUGUUGCUGUGGCUUUGAGGGAUAAGAAUGUGGUGAAUUGCUUUUAUCCUACACCGGAUCAUGAGACAAAACAGGUUCUUGAUGUGGUUCCUAUUGGUAUUGGGGUAAUUUGUAGCUUGUUAUUUGUGGUGUUUCCAACUAGGAGACAUGGCAUUGGCUUCCCUGUCACACCUGACAGACGGUAAAAUUGAAGUCAAAACUGUAAUAUUUGUUGUUGUUAUUUAUUAAUUCAUUCACUUGUGUAUAAAAAGUUACUUAUAAUGUUUUGCAAAGUCGUAUAUAUCGACUGCAA